AUGGAAGAGGAAGACGACCACGCCACCGUCGCUGUACGAAACCCUAGCCACCGUUUUGAGCUUCCUCUCAAAAUCAAACGAUCGAGUGAUGAAUCAGUCGCUGACUCCUCCUCAAUCAGCGAUCUACCGGACGAAAUUCUCCAACAUAUCUUGUCCUAUAUUCCGACUAAGUUGGCGAUCACAACCUCUGUGUUGUCCAAACGAUGGAGACAUGUAUGGACGGAGACACCUCAUCUCUCCUUUGAAUGGCUCAAGAGUGUAUCCCCUGAAGUGAUAAACAAAAGCCUAGCCAGCUACUCGGCUUCCAAAAUCACGAGUUUCCGACUCUAUACCAAUUUCAGCGACAAGGCUUGCCAGGUUAAUAAAUCGAUCGAGUUUGCAAUGUCUCACAACGUGGAAAAUUUGUCUCUGGAGAACAGUCAUAAUAUAUUCUAUAAGUUUCCUGAUGUCUUCUACACCAACUCCUCUAUGAAGCGAGUCGAUUUGAGAGAUUUCGAUUUGAUUCCCAAGUGCAUUGUGUCUUGGACAUCACUAAGGAUCUUGUCUUUGAAACCUUGUGACUCUGAUAAAUCCGUUCUUAAGGUUCUGUCUGGUUGUCCAAUCCUAGAAACACUGACUUUGUACUUUUGCUCGUCACUCAAGCAUCUUGAUCUGAGUAAAUCGCUGCGCUUGAGAAGAUUGGAGAUAGAACGCCAAUCCUUUUAUGGAGCACCAAUCCAGUCUCUGCAGAUUGUGGCGCCACAUAUCCAUUAUUUGAGAUUGAGAGACUGUGAGGCACACUGCACUUUUGGUGAUGUCUCUUCUUUAAAAGAAGCUGAUGUCGACGUUAGCUAUUUCCAUCCUCGAACCUGUUAUCAUAAUUUUGAGCCCUUGGACCGUAACGAUCUUCUAGUCAUGGUGCAAAAAAUGAUAGAAGCGUUUCAGAAUGUAGAGAAACUUACUUUGGGGGUUAAUUUACUUCAGAUGUUAUCUCUUUCCAAGAUCCCUACUAGUCUUCCAUUACCGAUGCUCAAAGUCAAUAAUUUGACUCUUGAAACAAGUAUUAGGCGAUCUGUGGUUCCUGGUAUAGAAAGGCUACUACAAAACUCACCUGGAUUAAACAAGUUAACAGUUUACAACACAACUGAGAGUUGCCACACCGAACUGUGGGGCUGUGUCAACAGAUACUUGAAGAAGCAAGGUUGGAGAUUGGAAGAUAAAGUCUUUCCGACCUCGUGGGAGUAUAAAGUUGUAGAGCCGAAAGUCGUUGGUUCGUUCAUGGAACGUUUUCUGGCAAACACAAAAACCCUAGAAACAUUGGUUGUCCGUUUAUCGAGAAAUUGCAUUGCUAGAUCAACAUUUGAAGAGCUGUCUCACUCUCACAUCGCUCUCACUCUUUCUCAUAACAAUAACGUCUCUAUCGUGCUCAAGCGAACCGGUGGUCGAUAG